ACAGAGGAGGAGUCUAGGGGCGUGGGACACAGACAAAGAACAGACACACACUAACACGAGGAGGGAGAAGAGGACUUUUCUGUACACAGUGGAUUUUACACUUGUGGAAUAUAAUUCAUAUUUGGAACUUUGCUGGGGGAGCCCGGCCCCGGAUGGAAAGGGUUGUCGCUGGCUACUCCGAGGUCUUAGCUCGCAGCCAUGGGGGGCUGCCAGAGUCACCCCUCUGCUGCGGAUACACAAAUAGUACCCCAGCCCUCUGACGUCAACAAACUGGGAGAUAAUAACAAUGAGCUGGUGUUGGAGGAGCGUCCCUAUCUGCAGCAGCAGUAUGUCUCUGAGAGGAUCACACACACCGACAUAACCGCCCUCACCGCCCUGCCACCCGGACUGGACCAGGCUGAGUGGCUCGCCAGCAACACGGUAGCCUUCUUUAAGCAUAUUAACCUGUUCUCCAGUACCCUUUCUGAGUUAUGUACUCCUACCACCUGUCCUACAGCCUGCGGACCAAAUAACAUUGUGUAUACAUGGACAGACGAUCAGGGGAAGAAGUUGAGGUGUUCCGCUCCUCUCUACUUUGACUAUACCAUGUCCUACAUCCAAGACCUACUGACAGAUGAAGACGUCUUCCCCACCAGAGCAGGGUCAGUGUUCCCAGCAGGCUUUGUUUUCUUGGUCAAGAAGGUGUUUCUGCUGUUGUUCCGUGUUCUGGCUCAUAUCUACUGGAGUCACUACAGAGAGGCCCUGGUUCUGGGACUACAUCCCCACCUCAACACGUUGUUCAUACACCUCACACACUUCAGCCUUCAACACGACCUGCUGGAAGCAGAACACACACAACCUCUACAGGACCUGAUCAUUGCUCUGGGACAGUACAGCCUCACCUGACACACACACAAAUGUAACUUCCCAGAUGUACACGCACGCACGCAUGUAUGUAUGUAUGUACACAUACACACAGCUUCAAUGAAUUUAGAGAGACAGACUCAGCGACUCUGUUGUAUAAACUGUGAGAUAACCUUUAAAUGCAGUGGGUUAAAUCAGGGUCACUUGGUAGUCUUAAGAACAUUUACUUUGAAACAAAAGUAUACAACUCACACAUGGGCUUAAAAAAAAAGAAGACACCUGUACCAUGUCAGAUAUAGAGUUGAAAUGUAUUACAUUUUGAAUUUACAUCCCAAUAGACUUUAUAUACUGUACAUCACAUAAGACUGAAAUAUAACGAAAUUGUUUGACAUAGAUUAUCUGCAUUUAAAAAAAAAACAUGUUUAUUAAUAAUAAAAAAAAUAUGAAUAACAUUCUACCAACCAGGCCAGGAAAGGGUUAUGUAAGAAGAGGAUGUGUAUUGCUCUUUAUGCUUUUGCAUGUGAUAUGUAUAAUAGAUAAUAUAUGUUAUGAAGAUGAUCUUGUAUGUUAUUAAACUGAGGUCGUAUGAUUUUCAACGGU